GUUUACUUCAGUAGUGAGAGAAGACAACUGAAGAAAAUCUUAUUGUUUUUGCUGAUUCAAUGGAGAGAGGUAGAGACAACUGUGGAAGUGGUGGCUCUAACCGAGGUCGCGGCGGUGGUGGUGGCGGAGGAGGAAAUCGUGGUGAUAGAGGUGGGAAUUACCAACGUCACCAGCACCAUCAGCAGGGUCUAUAUCAAGGUGGUGGUGGUGGACGAAGAGAAGGGGGUGAUGGCGGAAGAGGAGGGGGUGAUGGCGGAAGAGGAGGGGGUGGGGUUCCUACCCAGAUCGGUGGUCAGCAGCCAGGUAAUUGCCUCGUUCAAAAAGGUCAGAGUGGUGGCGCGUACAGGCCACCACAUCUACGGAGUGGUCAGGGUCUGGGGCCUACAAGGGUACUGGAAACAAGUGAAGGGUCUGGGAGAGGUGGGUCUGUUGUGGGACCAGCAGGUGGUGGAAGUGGAUUGUGGACUGGGAGGUCAUGGGGACCCACUUCUGGGCCUCCUCAGUCUCAACCUCAGUCUCCGAGGGUUCCUGAUCAAACGAUUCCUAAUCCUGUUAUUCCAGAUGUGCAGUCAUUGCAAAUUUCAGAAGAGAAGCCUCAAUCAACUCCUUUAGAAAGUAAGGAGAACAGACUUAUGCCCAUAAAACGGCCUGACAAAGGAGGCAAGCUUACGAUCAGGCCGAUAACGCUUCUCAUCAACCAUUUUUGCGUCACAAUCAAUCCAGAGAGCACGGUGUUACACUACGAUGUGGAUAUUAAACCCGAUAUGUCUGCAAAGAAAUCCAUUCCAAAAUCUGAUCGUCGUUUGAUCAAGGACAAGCUAUCCUCUGAUGAUCCAACACGAUUUCCUCAGGAAAUGACUGCUUAUGAUGGUGAGAAGAAUGUUUUCAGUGCAGUGCUAUUGCCCACUGGGCAAUUCAAGGUGGAAUUGUCUCGUGGGGAUGAGAUGCAGAGUGGUCCCUAUUUAUUUACAAAUAAGUUUGUAAAUGAGCUGAAGCUUUCCAAGCUAGAGGAUUACUUAAGUGGGACGCUUGAGUGUAUCCCUCGCAAUGUAUUACAAGGGAUGGAUUUGGCAUUGAAGGAGAAUCCGGGGAGGCAUAGGAUCUCCAUUGGUCGAAGCUUUUAUUCCAAAGAAUUCAGGGCAGCAGAUGACUUCCAUUGUGGUGUUGCUGCUUUUAGAGGCUUUGAACAAAGCCUAAUGCUCACUUCCCAGGGUCUAGUCUUAUGUUUGGAUUAUUCAGUUUUGGCAUUGCGCAAGCAGUUGUCAGUCAUAGACUUCCUUAAAGAACAUGUUCAGGGUUUCAGCCAAGUUAGUGAUGUCAGAUUAUUGAAAAGAGAAGUGACUAGUGCAUUAAAAGGAUUGAAAGUUGAUGUAACUCACCGUGUCACCACACAGAAGUACCCUAUAGCAGGGUUAAGCAGUCAAAAUACUCAAGAUAUUAAAUUCAUUUUCAAAGUUCCAAAGGGAAAUCAUCCACCAAGGGAAAUUGGCCUGGUUGAAUAUUUCAGGGAGACAUAUAGGAAGGAAAUUGUGUACAAGGAUAUUCCCUGUUUAGAUUUUGGGAGAAACAAUUAUGUGCCUAUGGAAUUUUGUGUUUUGGCGGAGGGGCAGAUUUACCCUAAAGACGACUUGGAUAGAGGAAGAAGCCUGUUACUGAAGAAGAUAUCAAUGCCUCCGCCAGAGGAAAGAAAGAACACUAUCUGCGAGAUCGUGCGGGCUGAAGAUGGACCUUGCGGAGAUGUCACUAAAAAUUUUGGAAUUGAAGUUCAGAAGACCAUAACAAGAGAAUCUGGUCGGGUCAUUAAGCCACCUAACUUGAAGGUUGGCAAAGGGGAAAUCGUAACAGUUGACAAGAAAUGCCAGUGGAAACUUUCUGGUAAAUCUGUGGUGGAAGGCAAGCCAAUCGAGCGAUGGGCCUUGAUAGAUUUCAGUUCAGAUAAACUGAACUCUGAUGCUUUCAUUCAGAAUCUGAAAUAUAAAUGCAAAAAUCUGGGCAUCCGUGUGGAGGAGCCUGUUGUGUGCCAUUUCACUGGCAUGCAUGAAUUCUCUAGUGUUGUUGCGAUUCAAAAACUUCUUGAAAGCGUGGUUAGUCAGGCCAAAGGGAAGUGUGAGGGCCGAAUCCUGGCAGAAAGUAUUAAAUGGGUCUCCGAGACUCAGAUUGGUGUACUGACUCAAUGUUUCUGUACUGACCAGUAUCUUGCAAACCUUGCUCUUAAGAUUAAUGCCAAGCUCGGUGGUAGCAAUGUAGAGCUGAUUGAACGGCUCCCCGGUACUGAAGGUGAGGAACAUGUUAUGUUUAUUGGGGCUGAUGUCAAUCAUCCUGCUGCACGGAAUGAAACAUGUCCAUCAAUAGCAGCAGUUGUUGCAACAAUGAACUGGCCUGCUGCCAAUCGCUAUGCUGCAAGGAUGUGUCCCCAGGAACACCGCAAGGAGAAGAUUCUGAAUUUUGGGAACAUGUGUUUGGAUCUAGUCAAUACUUACGCUCGACUUAACAAAACCAGGCCAAAGAAAGUGUGA